UAGCCCACAACAUCCAUCACUGAUUUUCACAAUUUUACCGCUCUCUUAGGCCCGCAUGGGCCAAAUGAUUACGCACGUUUUCAGUGUAAACGCUACUGUACUAAUUACUCAUCUUUUGUUCCCCAUUCAUAAGCUGCUACAAUAUCAUAACAGUACGCUUUCACUGUAUACUCCCCUUUAACUGGUGACGGCCCCUUUAAGGGUUAUGUAGAGAGAAGGGCUGAUGUAGGACGACUCCUCUGUGUGCGCUGCCAUCCUCAUCAUGGCCUCCAAACAACCGCCGCUGCAACCGAGAAUGAGCACGAGCAGACGAGCUGUUGGCCCUUUCCUUCCCCGCGCGGAGACCAACAACGUCAAACCGAAACAGAGGCACCGGUAGAGGGGUGCGCGCCGGGGGAUCAAGCCUCGGAGCUCAUGCCACCCCGGUCUCCUCGAUGUCUUCGUCAAAAGCCACUUACAGCCAUUUGACAAAGAGGGAUGCAAACCCGGGCGGCGGCAGCGCCGGCGGCAGAAACAUGAUCACGAAUAGGGAUUAUUCUAUCAAUCUAUCGGUGCAGCAAGUGCUGAGCCUCUGGGUGCAAGGCACGACGCUGCAACAUUUCACAGAGAUGUGGUACUGGGUGUUCCUGUGGUGUCUUUUCUCCUCGCUCUUCGUCCACGGGGCAAUGGGCCUGCUCAUGUUAGUCAUGCUGCAGCGCCACAAGAGGGGUCGCCUCAUCACCCUGGUCCUGGUCAGCGUGGGCUUCCUGGCCUCCUUGGCCGGUGGGGUCAUCACCAGUGCGGCCGUGGCAGGGGUGUAUCGUGUGGCAGGGAAGGACAUGGCCCCCCUCCAGGCCCUGGUGUUUGGAGUGGGCCAGACCACACUGUCUGUAGUCAUCUCCUUCUCACGUAUACUGGCCACUCUCUGAAGAGAUGACUCUGCUACAUGGACAGACUCACUGACGAACAGACACACAAGAGAGGAGAGAGGAAAGCGGAAGGAAGGGACAUGUCCGAUAGACCGGGGUUCACAUCCCACCAGUUACACAAGCAGUGACGGACAGCAACAGAGCCAAUGGGUGGCAGUUAACUGCAUGUAGUAUUUGAAGGAAAACAAACAGUCAAUUAGAAGAAGAGAAGAAUAUGGUGUCCCUGUCCUAGACGUCUAGACAUUUGGGGAUGGAUGAAUGUGGAAGAGUGCCCCCUAGUGUCUCUGUUCAGCCACUGCUACAUUCGCUAGAGCUCCCUUUGCUACAAGGGACCUAUCAAUGCAGGCCUCACUUCUCUGUGUCAAAGAAACACACUUCCUUGGGCUCUCCACCAGUUGGCGAUGUCCGUAGACUCUGUCAACUGUCAAGCCAGUGAAACCACAUCCUGGACUGAAAGCUCAUUUGAGGUUCUAUGUGCCGAUGUCCUCUGGGACUUAACUUCAGGGUUGUAAAGGGGAAUGCUUUCAUGGCCAUCUCUACAGACUGUUGAAGUAUUUCAGUUCCAUUUGUGGGGGGGACUCCUCAUUUUUUUACAGUAAAGACAAACCACAGCAACCUGUAAUUAAUUGAACAAUUCAAGCCUACGGUCCUUGAAGUUCCACGGUACGUUGAUGAGAUGGCCAGAACAAAAUUGGACCUGUGGAGACCCACCAUCAUUCUGACAUGCCUGAGAGGUUGGAAACCCAAUGAUGAUGGUCAACCAAACUACCAUUCAGUGUUAAAAAAAUCUACCAUCCACAAACAACUGGAUCUUCUGUCCUUGAAAAAUGAUAUCCUAAUAACCAUUCCUUCUUGUAAAGUCUUUUAACUACCACAGCAGGGUUUUUGUUUGCAACACUCCAUAAUGCUUAACCUUUGCACUUUCUAAAUGUUGGUGAUCCACCUCCUUUACCUAAGAGGUGUCUAAAUAGAGUAGGUUGUUGAGGUUCCGUUGGUUCAAGGUUACUAUGGCGAUAACCACUACCCUUGUUAAGGGCUCUGCACAGUCUACGCAAACGGAGCUGACGUAGGUCCAUCAUUUGCGUUGACAGUGUAGAGCGCUUUAGAUGUUUGUCACGUCUAGACCAGUCCAGGUUGUCCAACGUACUCUGAGGAAAUAGCAACUCUGACCAUGAACCUUGGCUGGAGAGGGUCAGAGUUGCUACUUGGUUCUUACAGGGUUUUAUGGAGGUAAACUAAUGUAUUAACUGAAGUAAAAAUGAAGAAUUGUCCUAGUAGUAGCAGCUGUAUUGCUUUUUGAGGUAUAUCUCUGAUAGAGUAUCUCUUGGAAGUUUUACUGUCUGUGUUGUGGUGCAGAUUUACUGUUAAGGUUUAGCGGUUGGAAUCCAGCCGCUACUUGGCUGUUGUGAUAACAAUGUUGUCCUGACUCCUAUAAAUCCCACUCCAUAGAGAGCCAUUCCUGGAGAAGGUCAGAGACUUAGGGUGCAUCCCAAAUGGUACCCUUUCCCUAUAGGGUGUCAUUUGGGAAGCAUCCUCUACUGCUGCUGAAACAGCCAUUGUCUAUGGCUCCCUGCCUUCCUCCCUGUUAGUUCUUGCUAAUCGUGUGUGUAUUGUUUGUGUUUUAACUAAGUUAGACUUUGCAUAUUGCACAGACAACGGCCUGCCUUUAUUUUGCACAGUUUGUUUUAUGAUAUUGGUCCCAGUGGGUGACCCAUAGAUCCAUAUAGGAUUUUAUACAGUUUGUCCCAUCACCAGUACACACAGUGGGUCCCAAAAAGCAGGUUUUCGUCCAAAAUGGCACCCUAUGCCCUUCAUAGUGCACCCUUUUUUGACCGUAGCCAUAUGUGUUUGAGAAGCACUGCUGUGGUUUUGGAGGUGCUUUUGGGACUGCAGAGCAAUGCUUUUUUUUGUGGGGUCCUAUGGGACUAACCAUGAUGAAUGUGUUUGUGUCUGUCCUGUCCACCCUCUGGAACAGUUCACGUUUAUUAACCAACUAUAGGACAGGUCUUACUGCAUCCCAAAUGGCACUUUGUUCCCUACAAAGUGCACUACUUUUGACCAGAGCCCUAUGGGGGAAUUUGGGACGCACACAUUCACUCCUGGAAUUGAAGGGUUGCAAGGCCCACUGGUUUGUACCUUACAAUGUCAUUCACUUUUAAUCAAUAGCUGACGAUAUCCCAUCUCUCAGUCACUUUCAUUUGUCAGUAAAUGACCGUGGACCAAUAAAACAAGGCCCUCUGCUGCACCCUAAACUAGGUGUGAAUACCACACCAGGCCCUCUGCUGCACCCUAAACUAGGUGUGAAUACCACACCAGGCCCUCUGCUGCACCCUAAACUAGGUGUGAAUACCACACCACGCCCUCUGCUGCACCCUAAACUAGGUGUGAAUACCACACCAGGCCCUCUGCUGCACCCUAAACUAGGUGUGAAUACCACACCAGGCCCUCUGCUGCACCCUAAACUGGUGUGAAUACCACACCAGGCCCUCUGCUGCACCCUAAACUAGGUGUGAAUACCACACCAGGCCCUCUGCUGCACCCUAAACUAGGUGUGAAUACCACACCAGGCCCUCUGCUGCACCCUAAACUAGGUGUGAAUACCACACCAGGCCCUCUGCUGCACCCUAAACUAGGUGUGAAUACCACACCAGGCCCUCUGCUGCACCCUAAACUAGGUGUGAAUACCACACCAGGCCCUCUGCUGCACCCUAAACUGGUGUGAAUACCACACCAGGCCCUCUGCUGCACCCUAAACUAGGUGUGAAUACCACACCAGGCCCUCUGCUGCACCCUAAACUGGUGUGAAUACCACACCAGGCCCUCUGCUGCACCCUAAACUAGGUGUGAAUACCACACCAGGCCCUCUGCUGCACCCUAAACUAGGUGUGAAUACCACACCAGGCCCUCUGCUGCACCCUAAACUAGGUGUGAAUACCACACCAGGCCCUCUGCU